UACAGUCUCAGCAAAGGAAGUACUGCAAACGGCGACGACUUCAGUUCCAAGCAUGGAAAAAACGUGAGUUUGCCGACACUCAAACCAUGAAUCAAGUAGGGUUUGUCAUGUUAGCUACCUCAUAUCUCCGGAAUCGUCCAGCCCAUUGGCAACACACGGCACGAUGUCUGUCGACCAUAUUUGCCCUGUCUUCUGGAUAUGGCAAAUGUGGCGUAGCGGUGAUUCGUGUGUCUGGACCUCAGGCCGCUCAGUCAUUUUUGUCUUUGACUCGUCAAAGCGAUUUACCCGUACCUCGGAAAGCAUGUGUCAAGACGAUCUGGGACCCUGAAACCGAGGAGAUCCUGGAUCGAGCCUUGACCUUGUGGUUUCCAGGGCCGAAGAGCUUCACUGGCGAGGAUUGUGCCGAAUAUCAGGUCCACGGAGGACCGGCGGUUAUUACAGCCGUACUUCGCGCUUUGAGUCGACAGUCCGACCAUCGGCCAGCUGAGGCGGGUGAAUUUACGAAGCGGGCUUUUCAUGCCGACAAACUAGACCUGACUCAAGUGGAAGGGCUGGGGGAUUUGAUAUCGGCCGAAACAGAAUUCCAAAGAAAGCAGGCUAUGAGACAAAUGGGUGGUUCGCUCGCCUAGGCGUUCUCGGAGUGGCGUAGUCGAUUGUUGAAAAUAGUGGCGUCCUUGGAGGCGUUUAUCGAUUUCUCCGAAUCGGAAGACAUUGAACCAGGGGUGAUUGAUCAGGUUAAAACGGGGGUGCUUGAUUUGAUACAAGAGAUUCGACAGCAUCUGAGAGACGCGCGCGCGGGUGAGAGAUUGCGAAACGGUGUCCAUGUGGCAAUUGUGGGUGAGCCCAAUGUAGGGAAAAGCACAUUCAUGAAUUAUUUGUCCCAAAGGGAAGCUGCUAUUGUCUCGCCAAUGGCCGGUACCACUCGAGACGUUUUGGAGACUCUUUUAGAUAUUGGUGGGUUUCCGGUUGUGUUGAUGGACACUGCUGGAUUGAGGCAAGACACCAAGGACCUUAUUGAACGAGAAGGGAUCGAUCGUGCCAAACAAAGAGCCUCAAGUUGUGACAUGUUGAUCUACAUGCUGGAGGCAUCGAGUUCCUUGACAACGUCGGAAAUCACAGAUCAACUUGGACAUUUUGGAUUGGCCAAAGUGAAGAAGACCAUAUUUGUGGCCAACAAAGCAGACUUGUUACCAGAAAAGCCCUCUCCCUCCUGGCCCGGUGUUCAUUUGAUCUCUUGCAAAUCUUGCUCUGGAGUUCAUGAUCUUAUGGAGGUGAUCAAAACCGAGAUUGGUGAUUUGUGCCGAACUGAGUUAGGGGGAAGUGCAUUAUUGACUCGAGAACGACAUCGAGCUCAUGCGGAGAAAGCCUUAGAAUUCCUCGAGAUGUAUUUGGACGAUCAAACUGAAGAUCUGGCCAUUGCUAGUCAUCAUUUGCGAAUGGCCAUCCGUGAGAUCGGACAAAUAUCAGGCAAAAUCACCAAAGAAGGAUUGGAUAUCUCACAUCAACACUCUUCGUUCCCGACAAGAGAUCAAAAGUCCAGUCCGUUUUCCCGGCCAUCCUCCUCUAACCCAGGUAGUAGCCCUCUACCCUCUACCCGUGAAUACCUGGUGAUCCCAAAUCCAGCCGCUCUCGCUCUCCAUGGACAGUCAGGUAGUGUUCUAGCUCCUCCUCCUCCUCCUCAUCAUCAUCAUCAUCAUCAUUCACCUGGUCCUCCUCUCCCUUCUCCUCUCUCUCUCUCUCUACUUCAAUUUGAUUUGUCCGCGCUUCAUCCAUUCAUUCAUCAUCAAUUCAUCAUGUUAUCGAGCUCGACCCCGGCGCCCGUGAUCCGCCCCAAAACGUCCAUCUUGGACAAAUCCUUGAGUCGGGGCAAGCAGGAGGUGUCUUUGAGCGCCUUCGCCCUGCUCUUCUCGGAAAUGGUCCAAUACUGUCAGAGCCGGAGUUCCACCGUGCCCGAAUUGCAGCAGAAGCUCCAUGAGAUCGGAUUCCAAGUGGGGGCUCGGAUUUUGGAUCUCUUAUUUGUGCGGGAUCGAGCCGCUCGACGGGAAAUCAAGCUCUUGAACGUGUUGCUUAUGGUCAAAUCCACCUUGUGGAAGGCCUUGUUCGCCAAGGAAGCCGAUAAAUUGGAGCGGGCCAAUGAUGACGACAAGACGUACUACAUCAUUGAGAAGGAGCCCCUGGUUAAUCGGUUCAUCUCCGUACCCAAGGACAAGGGCAGCUUGAAUUGUGCCGCUUAUACGGCCGGUAUCAUCGAGGCUGUGCUGGAUGGCUGCAAUUUCCCGGCCAAGGUCACGGCUCAUUGGCACAAUGGAACCACGUUUAUGGUGAAAUUUGAUGAGCGGGUCAUCGCGCGGGACAAACAGAUCGACUGAUGAAUCAACCCCACCCACAUUCCAUAUACCAUUAUUUGAUGCUUCUGUGUCGUGUGCAUGUGACGAUAUUGAUUGAUUGCGGCAAUAAAUCUCAAACACACUCA